CUUAGGCUUUCUGUGAUUACUGUUUUUACCAAGCCCAGCCGCAGCUAUAAAAUCGGUUUCUCUCAUUUCCUCGCAUGCUCCGAGUCUUUGCUUCCGCUAUUUCCUACUUUGCUGCUCAUCUCUCUCAGCUCAGCUGCGGUUGCCAUGGAUCCCAAAGUCAUGGAGACAUUUGUGGCCAGUGAGAUCCCCACCUUCAUGAAUCAGCCUCGUCCAUAUAUGUCUAGACCAUCAAUUAUUGUCAAGCUCACUGUGGGGUUGCUCUGGUGCAUCAUCCAUUUGGCAAUCAGCAUUUUUAAUUUCUGGUCUCAUCUGAUUUAUGAUCUAGAAUGCUACCUUAUUUCAUCUGGGUUGCUGUGGAAAUAUCGGAAUCUCCAACUGGAUAGACUCAAGUACUUGGCUAUUGUGGUAGAUAGCAGAGAAGCUAAACAUACUGUGAAGAUCAACCAAUUAUUAUGUUGGCUCUCAACUAUUGGUGUGAAGUAUGUAUGUCUCUACGACAUUGACGGAGUGCUGAAGAAAUCAUUUGAACCUGCUAUGAAUGCUUCAAGAGAGGAUAAUUCAGCAGAAUAUUUGGAAAUGGUAGCAAACAUCAAGGCUUUACACUUUAGUCACAGAGACAUGAUGAUAGACUGUCUUUCUGGGUCUGCUGGCAAGGAAGGUAUUGCUAAAGCAGCCAGUUCACUUUGCUCAACAUAUUUCAAUGGUGAUACUCAUGGGAAUGGCAAAGGUGAGCCGUUAUUUACAGAAGCUGACGUGGCCAGUGCGCUGAAAGCUGUAGGUUGUGGUGGACCAGAACCUGAUCUUCUUUUAGUGUAUGCUCCUGCUAGAUGUCAUUUUGGCUUUCCUGCGUGGAGGUUACGGUACACUGAAAUUAUGCAUAUGGGACCACUGAAAUCAAUGAAAUAUGGAGCCAUUGUGAAAGCCUUCUAUAACUUCUCAAAGAAAUAUCAAAAUUAUGGUAAAUGAUAGCUGAUACUUUUGUAAAGAAGAACAGUAAGUCAUGUAGAGGCACUCUUGGAACUGGAAGCUUAACAGUUAUUUUGACCCUUAUUCUGUUGCUGAUUACAGUAAGAAGGUUAGACAACCAAUGAUCACGACCAAUGUAUUUCCUUUGAAGAAGAUUAAAGUUUUACUGAUAGAACAUACGGGAUUAGGUCCCAUUGUAAAAGUUUGUUCUAAUGACAAUUAAUGUAUUUUUCUGGUACCUGAAUCACAAAUUCUUCCCUUUUUCUGAA